AUGGCAACAACGGCAGCAGUACCCAGAGAAUCUAUUGGAUCGAAAACUAGAAGAGGUGGAACAGGAUCUUUCCCCAAUUUCUCGCGCAACCUUGCAGAGAUGUGUACUAAGCAAGAUGUUGUGUUCUAUGAACCUCCACCGACGAUCAAAAAGACAUUUAUGUUAGCCUAUAUAACUGCAGGAUUGCAAAUGAUCUUCUGGGGCAAUGUUGCACAAUAUGCAUUUACGCACUACACGGAUAAUCCUAUCUUUUCAGCCACUCAGCCUCCGCCUCCACCAUUGCCUCUUCCUGGAACUGAAGGAGUUGAAUCAACAGAUCUGCCUUUAGCUCCACUCCGUAAACGGAUCAUCAUCUCGGCUGGGCUUGUUGGUACUGGUUUCGUCAUUGCAUUUGGUAUCUGUGCUGUUCCAUGGAGGACAGGAAAGUUUCUACUUUGA